GUUUCAAUUAAAAUCCGGUUAUAUCCGGUUAAAUUACUAAAGAGAGACAGAGAGAGCAAUCAUUUGUCGACGAUUGAAUAGGAAAAAAAAAAGGAAGGAGUCAUGGCACGACGGAGGGCGAAAUCGAAAACCCUAAGUUUCCAAAAGAUUCAGCGUUCCACGAAGAUGUUACCGGAGCUUCCAAAGGAUUUGGUGGAGGAGAUACUCUGUCGCGUUACGGCGACAUCUCUGAAUCGAUUACGUACUACUUGCAGAGCCUGGAAUCGUUUAAUCGAAGAUGAUCGGAGAUUCGCGACGAAGCAUUUGGAGAAAGCACCAAAAGCGUUUAUACCUCUCAUGCUGAGAAAGGAAUACCGUGUUUUUCCGUUUAGCGUCAAUCUCCACAGAGAUGAUCCAUCUGUAGUGUUCAAAAGAGGGGUUAAACUCCUCUAUCGGCUUUCUAAUUAUCGAUUUCGUAUAGAUCGAGUAUUUCACUGCGACGGCUUGCUGUUAUGCACCUCCGAUGAAAACGAAUCUAGAAUCGUGGUUUGGAACCCUUUCACCCGUGAAACCAGGUGGAUCGAAGCAGGUCUCAAGAGGAGAGACUUCACUUUCCUUCUCGGCUACUCGCAAGUCACCUCUAGUAAGAGCUACAAAAUAUUGAGCUUUCUUUCUGGUAGAAAUGAUUCGGAAAUCUAUGAUUUGAACUCUGAUUCAUGGAGGCGGCUUCUUGAUCAUGAUCACUCUCUAGAGUUGACAGUUCGAUACGCUGGUCACAGCGUGUCUUUAAAGGGUAACAUUUACCGGUUUCAUGGAGAGGAAACAGGAACCAAAUCCUUGCUCAGAUUUGAUUUUGCAACUGAGAAAUCCGAGAUUCUGCCUCUUCCUUAUCAGUGUGAUAGUUAUGAUGCCAAGAUUCUUUCCGUUGUUGGAGAAGAUAGGCUCUCUGUGUUAUUAAAGCGGUGUAGAAAGGGUUCCAAGACUGAGAUUUGGGUUACAAAUGGGAUUGAUGACACCACCAAAGCUGUUUCUUGGACCAAGGUCUUAGCAUUGAAUUUGAGCAGGGACCUUCAAAUUACCGAUCGUGGAAGUUUCUUGCUCGAUGAGGAAAAGAAAGUCGCCCAAAUUUGCGAGAGAUGGUUCGACAAUGGAGACGACGAAAGCUAUAACAGUGACAUGCUAUACGUUGUUGGGGAGGGUAAAAAAGACUUGAUAACCGUUUAUGAAGUACCUGAUAUAAGAGUAUGUUGGCCUGCUAUUCUGAAUUAUGUUCCAAGUUUUGCCCAAAUCAAGCUAGCUGGAGGCAAAAGGAAAAGAGGUCACUGAAUAGAAGCUCUACAUGUAAAUCUCCUUUUUUUUUUUCUCUUAGUUAUCUUGGUCAUGUUCUUUCAGUUUCAAGCUUUUCUUGUUCUAUGAAACUUUGCUUGUGUUUUUUUGGGCAUCCAGAGUUGGAAAACAUAAAAGUUGUUACUCAUGAGAUACUCUCUUCUUGUGGUUUAACCUAAAGUUAAGCAAAAUAAGUCUAUCGAUAAGAGAUCCUUUAAUUGUCA